AUGGGCCAGUCAGUGAGUUCAGAAGAAGAAACGAAGCAAGACUACCGUACGGUUAAGGUGUCCAAGGGUCAAUUACAACGGUUAUUCGAUAAGAACUGCCUUUCCUUAUUAACCCCAAUUGAGGUUUACAGUUUAAAAGAAAACUUACAUGUACGGGACAUCAACAACGAUAAACAGCUAUCCAUAGACGAAACUGUUCAGUUACUGGGCCUACCAAAAGACUGUCCUUGUAAUGAAGUUGUCUAUGACUUCGUCCGUGUGCUUGGAUGGUUUCCAUUCUUUAAUUCCGUUGAUCCAUUAAAAGGCAUCAGCUUACCCAUGUUAAUCCGAAGUGUGGUUCUAUCGAGAAGUAAAAGUUUUUUUAAACUUUUCAAGGGUGACAGCUCCUAUAAAUUUGAGGACUUAGUAUUCUUGGUGCUUUCAAUUUUGAGUGAACCCAAGGAUUUGGUUGAAAAGAAUUUGGAUUCAUCAUGCGAUGAGACUGGUGUGUUGGAACUAGCAUUGCAAGGCGACAGUAAUAUACAUUGGGCUCAAUGCAAAGUGAUCAAAGAUUUCGACAAUACAAAUAUAAAGGAAAGGAAAGUCUCGGCUUAUAACCUUGCCAUUUUUUUAACUUUCUUGCUGGCCAUCUCAAGGCCAUUAAUGUCUGACUAUUCACAACACCUAUCACAAUGGUCUAACUUCAUGUCACAUGGAAUGAAUCUGGUGAGAUCUUUUGAUUCAUCAAUUACUGAGAGGUCACUUCACUCCAAAACAGUUGGGUACGCAGCGUUCAUAUCGACUAUCGAAACCAAAAUGCCUAAUGUUCUUCAUCCCUUGGACGCAUUAUUGGAUUCACUUUUGUUCAUGAAACAAUCGAAGGGUGCCAGCGAUGUAACCCCUGAAUUUUCUGUAAGCACCAAGCUGAUCAACGAAUACUCACUAGCUCAAUUAUCUACAGUGUUACCACUCGAGCUCUGCUACAGUAGACUCAGGAAGCUCUACGUUGGCUCUGAAUCAGGGUUUUCCAUGAGAUCAUUUGAAUCUAAAUGUUUCAAUUGGAAUGCCCCAACAAUUACAUUCAUUUCAGGACAUCGUAUAACUUCUAAGAAAACUAAGAGAUAUUUAUUGUUUGAGGAACAGUUUCCACGUUCCAGAGCAGCUGAGGAUGAAACGGGUAGUGAUUUUGAUCAUGCUAAUGAUGAUUCAGCCAGACUUACAUUUGCUGUGUUUUUGAACCAGCAUUGGAAAACUUCCAAUAAAGAGCCAUUCGGGGACAGCAAAACGACUAUAUUUCAACUGUCUCCAAGGCAAGCCGUUUUCAAGUCGUCUACAUUUCGAAAAGAUUAUUGCUAUUUCAAUACUAGUGGUGGUGGGAUUGGAUUUGGCAAUGAAGAACCAUAUUUGAAAAACAACACCACUAAGUUUAGACCUGGUAAUGUGUCGCUGACUAUUGAUUCUGGAUUAGAGUUUUGUGUAUUCAGACAUUUGGGCAAGGGAGGAAGCUUUAAUCCCAUGGUCCUAGAAGACGACUCUAUUCCAGUUUACGAAGACCGAUUUGUAAUAUCCGAUUUGGAAGUCUGGGGAUGCGGUUCAGAGAAAGAGUUGUUAGAGCAAGCCAAAAGAUGGGCUUGGGAAGAAAAAGAGGCAAUGGCCAGGCAAAGAAUAAAUGCCGAUACGUUAGGAGAGGAAAGGGCUUUUCUGGAAAUGGCCGGUCUAGUAGGAAACCAUGGAGCUUCCGGAGGGAGUGUCUAA